AUCACUCACGUUCUUGAUGCCAUCACUUUCAACGGGAAUGCGGUGAUACUGAGAACGUCCGACACUCUGAAUAUACGACAAAUAUUAAGUAUUAUCUACGUGGAUGAAGCACAGGUUACUGGGCCACUUACCUGUCGAUUUAAAAGGAUGAAUGGACACUUCUUCCCGGCCAGCCUUCAGUCUCAUCCUCAUGUCCACUUCCGUCGUACCUUCAGUGGAUGAUUUCCUGACGGUAGUAUGGAGCAUUCGGGUUCUGAAUGUAACCGCGGUUGCUGCUUUUUGGGUUUAUGAUUUAUUGUUAACAUUCCAACAAGAGGCAACGUUUCUCGCCCAAGCCAACACGAAUCUUGCAAAAUUUCUGUAUAUUGGAGCCCGCUAUAUACCAUUGUUCGUACCUAUUCCUAAUCUCAUCUUUGACAACGUGUCUAGCUUGGGAAAUGCUGACUGUCAGAGUUUAGAUAGUCUUGCAGCAGCCCUCAGCAUGGCGGCAGAAUUCUGCGCAGAAUCCAUUUUCAUACUCCGAACCUGCGCCAUGUGGGGGGUGAAACGCCCUGUACGUUGGGUCAUGUUCGUGAUCAUAGCUUGUAUAGCAGUUGCUGGGAUAAUCAUGUUUAUCUUUGUCCCGAGGCAGGGUGUGUUUGUACCUGAUAUUAUGGAAUGUCAACCACUUCAAGUUGCAAAAAAGCCCCAGUUAUUGGUGGCGUUCCUGGCGCUCUUGAUGUUAGAACUUGUCCUUGUUAUCCUUACCACUACAAGGGCUGCAAAGAAUUUCAGAUCGACACCAACGCCACUCCUUACACUUCUCCUCACGCACCAUUUGUUCUACUAUGGUUGCGGACUUCGUGCGUGAGUUCUACAUCUAUGACAGUACAAUUAACUCUUUCCUUCUAGUCUUCAGCACUAUCAACGUCCUGUGUGUGGCGCUGUUCAAA